CACAACACGAUCACGUGAUUGGACGUGGAUUUUGGUAUCAAAAUGGCGUCAGAAAGCAACGAGCCAGUUUUGGGGUCUCUGUAUCACGUUGAAAUGACAGACCACACGUGGCAUAUGGCCGAGAUUAUACAGAAAAGAGAGAACAUGGAUACCAAGAGAAUGGAGUACUACGUACACUACAAGGAAUUUAAUAGACGUAUGGAUGAAUGGGUUGGCUCCGAGAGGAUUUCGCUGGACGAAGGUCCUUUAGAGGAAGCACCAAAAGAAGACAAUCUAUUGGACUCUUUGAAUGGACGAGAGAGAACAGUAACAAGAAACAUAAAGAGAAGACACGAUGAGAUUAAUCACAUACAAAAAACGUUUGAUGAAAUGGACCCAACUACAGCUGCUCUAGAGAAGGAGCAUGAAGCACUCACUAAGAUCAAAUACAUCGACAAGAUUCACAUUGGGAAAUACGAAAUCGACACCUGGUACUUCUCGCCUUAUCCUGAAGAGUACGGGAAAGUCCCAAAGCUAUGGAUCUGUGAGUACUGCCUCAAGUACAUGCAGUAUGAGAAGACCUACGUAAGACACAUGAGCGAGUGCAGCUGGAGACAACCGCCUGGCAAGGAGAUAUACAGGAAAGGUAAUAUAUCCAUGUUUGAAUUGGAUGGACGCGAUCACAAGAUUUAUUGCCAGAAUCUCUGCCUGUUGGCUAAACUCUUCCUUGAUCAUAAAACCCUUUUCUUUGACGUGGAGCCAUUUUGGUUUUACGUUUUCACUGAAGUUGAUAGAGAAGGUUGCCAUAUUGUGGGAUACUUCUCAAAAGAGAAGGAGAGCAUUGAGUGCAAUAAUGUCGCUUGUAUUCUCACUCUGCCUCCAUACCAGCGAAAAGGAUACGGAAAGUUCCUAAUUGCCUUUUCUUACGAGCUGUCAAAAUUAGAAGAAUGUGUAGGAUCUCCUGAAAAACCUUUGUCGGACCUUGGGAAACUAAGUUACCGAAGCUACUGGACCUGGGUGCUACUGGAUAUAUUGAAGAAUGCUUCUGGAUACGUAUCCAUUAAAGACUUGAGUGCUACUACCAGUAUAUCACAGGACGAUGUUCUCAGCACACUACAAGCUCUUAACAUGGUCAAGUAUUGGAAAGGACAGCAUGUGAUUUGUGUCACUCCUAAAGUUGUUGAGGAACACAUGAAGAGUGCUCAGUAUCGCAAGCCACUGCUAACUGUGGACACAGACUUCUUAAGGUGGGCUCCGCCCUAUAAGAAACUAAAGACUACAAAGAGACAUUGAGGGACCCUCUACAUUCUGUCAACACAUUCUCUCUCUCUCUCUUUUCCUUUUCUUUCUGUUGUACAUAUUAAGGUCAUUAUAAAUGUAUUGAUUGAAAUUUUCUAAGCAUUAAAAGAUCAUUUAA